UCAAUCAUAUUUCAAAGUCUUCCUUUUGCAACCUUUUUCUAUCUUUUUUAUUUUUUAUUUUUUCAGUUUUGUUUUCAACUUCCCCGAUUCAGAACACCACGUUUCUUUCGUAUUUUUGCUUUGAGGAACAGCUAUGGAGGUCAGAGAUUAUGUUUAUAUGGGUAUUUGUGACAACCCUCGAGAGGAAUGAGGGAUUUUGUUCUUGACUUUGAAGACUUAGCUGAAGGACUUUGUUGGUAUAUAUUUGGGGCUUUUGAUUUUGUUGCUGAAGAAGUGAUUGCAUUUUGUUUAGUUUUGGUGUCUUUGGUUGAGGAUUUUAUUGGGUUUGUAUUUUGCCAAUUCUUGAUAUUAAAGUGCUGAACUUAUAGUUUAAAAUGGCUUACUGUGUGGUGAAGAACUUGAUUUUUCAGUAGAUUGGUUGUGGAUUGAGACUAGUUUUUGGCGUCAGUAAAUGGGUUCGAUUCAGAAUACUGUUUAUUAUUGUUCUGUGUCGAGGGGUAACCGGGUUCUGUAUGCACAUAGUGGAGAUCAUGAGUUUGAGAAUCUGGCUGCGUUGUGUCUUGAACGGACUCCCGCGUUCCAUAAGUGGUAUUUUGAGACCAUGGGUAAAAGGACUUAUGGUUUUUUGAUGGAAGAUGGGUAUGUUUAUUUCAUGAUUGUGGAUGAGGGAUUAGGAAAGCUGGGUGCACUCCAGUUUCUGGAGCACCUGAGAGAUGAGUUCAAGAAGGCGGCUAAAAAGGGUUCAAGAGGAAGCUUCUCGGGAAUGAAUGCCAUUGGCGUGCAAGAGCAACUAGUGCCUGUUAUCCACAGAUUGAUAACUUCAUUGGAAAAUGUCUCUCAAAGCAGCAAUGCUUGGAACAGUGAGCUUCCCUUGUCGGAUCCUAUGAGUCUCUCCCCAUCACCUAGUAAUGCUAACGGACAAGUUGAAGUUGUUAAUUCGACAAAGGCCCCGUUAUUGGGAAAGUCUAGCAAGCAAGACAAAAAGAAGGCUAAGGAUCAUAUAAUUGCUGUGAGAGAUGUUGAGUUGGAGGAGCACCGGAAAUCUACAGAUAAAGUCAAGGUUGAUUCGGGAACUUUGGAUUCUAAUAACCAAAAUGGGGCUGGUUCCUCAAUAUCAUUGCAGAAGGAUAUGGGUUCAAUGAGGAUGAGAUCAAACUCUCAAAACGUUCGAAAGAAAUGGUGGCGUCAAGUACGAAUUGUUCUUGCAAUUGAUGCAGCUGUUUGUCUUGUACUAUUUUUCAUUUGGUUGUCGAUCUGCAAAGGUAUUGGGUGCAUUCGUUCAUGAUUGAAAUCAAAGUUGUAAGUUUUCGGUUUAAUCACUCUAGAGACUGCAUAUAAUAGUUUAUAAGAACAAAUUCCGUGGAAAGUUAAUGAAUGGAAUCAACGUAUCAGUCUCGACAACAUGCUAUAAAAAUCUAAUUCUGGAGUUAUGUUAUUCUACGCUUCUGGUGGCAUGAAAGUUUUAGGAAAUUAUGUGUAGAGUUCCAUAUCUUUAAUGCAUAUGUAUACACAAAUUUUAUAAGCUCUUGUUUGGGUGUUUAUAUCACUAGUAUUUGCUAUUACAGAUACAUUAUGAGAUUUCUGUACUCUCUAUGUCUUAACUUAAUCCUUUUUGAAUCCGUGUAAAAAACUUAAAUUUAUAUGUCGAAACAGUCAUGUAUAUUGUGUAAAAGGUAUGUCCUUCCAUAGAAAUGUAUCAAUCAAUAGCACAUGAUUAUAAACUGAAAUUGCUAUACUGUUGGCCUGAUUAAA